UGGCAACCCUGCGCAUGAUGGGACCUUUCUGUUUUUAAAACCCGCUGUCAUCAUCUUUGCUGAUUCAGUCUUCAGUGAAUCAUUAUGGCGGCCGCAGACGUUGAAGUGCAAAAGCACGAGCUCCCCCGAACGUUGAAACUGUCCGGCCAUGUCGGGUUCGACAGCAUGCCGGACCAGCUGGUCAGCAAGAGCGUCCAGAAUGGGUUCGUGUUCAACAUCCUGUGCAUCGGAGAAACCGGUCUCGGCAAGUCCACCCUGAUGGACUCGUUGUUCAACACGAACUUCGAAUCUCAACCGAGCCCGCACUCGUUGCCGAACGUAAAGUUGAAGGCCCAUACGUACGAGCUGCAGGAGAGCAUGGUCAGACUGAAGUUGACGAUCUGUGACACCGUUGGAUAUGGAGAUCAAAUCAAUAAAGACGACUCGUUCAAAUCUGUGGUCGAUUACAUCGAUCAGCAGUUCGAAACUUUCUUACAAGAGGAGCUCAAAAUUAAACGGUCGUUGGCUUCGUAUCACGACAGUCGUACGCACAUUUGUCUUUAUUUUAUAUGCCCAACAGGGCAUGGCUUGAAGUCGCUGGAUUUGGUUUGCAUGAAGAAGUUGGAUUCGAAAGUCAAUAUCAUUCCGAUUAUUGCCAAAGCAGAUACCAUUUCCAAGACGGAAUUGUCCAAAUUCAAAGCCAAAAUAAACGACGAGCUGAGGAAUAAUGGAGUUCAGAUUUACCACUUCCCAACAGACGACGAAUCAGUAGCGGAAAUCAACUCCACCAUGAACUCACACAUUCCGUUCGCUGUGGUGGGCAGCACGGAUUUUGUCCGCGUUGGAAACAAAACUGUUCGAGCGCGCCAGUAUCCAUGGGGCACGGUACAGGUCGAAAACGAGGCUCAUUGUGACUUUGUCAAGCUUCGAGAAAUGCUGAUCCGUACCAAUAUGGAGGAUAUGCGCGAGAAGACGCACACGAGACACUACGAACUCUAUCGCCAGAAGCGUCUGGAGCAGAUGGGAUUCACCGAUGUCGACAGUGAUAACAAACCAGUUUCGUUCCAACAGACGUUCGAAGCCAAGCGGAGCAACCAUCUUGCCGAAUUACAGGCCAAGGAGGACGAGGUUCGGCAAAUGUUUGUCGUUCGUGUGAAGGAAAAGGAGGCGGAGCUUAAAGAAAGCGAGAAAGAUCUGCAUGCCAAGUUUGAUAAACUAAAGAAAGAUCAUGCUGAGGAAAAACGCAAACUGGAAGAAUCUCGAAAGAAGCUAGAAGAGGAAUUUGUUGAAUUUAAUCGCCGCAAGUCACAAAUGGCUGCUUCGCAUCACACUCUUACGCUGGGUAAGAGCAAAAAGAAAUGAAACUUGUAGAUAACCGGACGAACGACUCCUUAGAUUCUUCUUCGAUGAAGAAAAAUGUCGUCAUUUUAAUUCCACCACUACCGAAUUCCGAAUUUCUACCGGUCCCAUCAAAUGCUAAAAUGCUUGAGGUAAGUUGUAUAGCCUGUGCUUCUCAAUAGUAAACUUCAUCGUGAAUUUUAGAAAGUCUAGUGCUUUAACUUGUUUUAUUCUUAUGUGAUCAGUCCAACUGAUACACCGAACGCCAAAAGACCAACGUAGCUGCAAAGUGCAUAUAAAAUCCAUGAUUUUCCAUUCUUGUAAGUACAAAGUAUUUGAGAGUUUUCAAAAAAUACGGUUCAAAUUCAGCACAGUCACAGACAAUUUCAUCUUGAUGUGAAACUCUAAUCAUGUAGCUUAAUAAUAGUAAUUUUUAAAUAGCAAAAAUUGCAUAUUUUUAACGGUCGCUAAGCUUCAAAUUCCGAUUAAAUAUAACGCACAGUACAAUCUCACCGAACGAAUCAUUUCGGUGUUGAUAGGUGAGAAUUUGAAAACUCGUGCGUCACAAAAAAAGCUUAAAGACAGCUGGCAAGUUAAAUACGAAAUUGUCUAGAUAAAUAGCACAACAAUUAUAAUACAAAUAAUGUUUUAUGACAAAAACUGCAAACACUAUGAUGGCACUCAAGAAUAGAACAAGCAAUGGGCUACAAACUAUAUCGAUCGAGUUAUAUCUGUCACAUAAUAUAUAGGAUUCCAUCUUAUCAGAUAACAAGUGGUAGUCUUCACUACUUCCAAAAUAUGUGCAUUUAGGUUGAUUUGAAUUACGUCAGGAGUAUUCUCAAAUUGUACUUGGAUCAUGACCAUUUUCAUUAUUUUUAACAUUCUUAUCUUCAUUCAAAAACUUUUCAUGAGAAAUAUAUUAGUUUUAAACGUUCUAGGUUUAAAUAAUUUAAAGAUGCAGUGGCUCUCCCAAAUAUAUAUUAUAUGGUCUACGUAUAUUCUAUAACUGAUAUAA